UAGAGAGAGUUGUCGGGUUUGACUUGUAAAAAUUGGGAGAUCUGCUCAUUCGUCCCUCUUGUCCGAGAGAGAGAGCCAAAGAGGACAUCAAAGCACCACACCAAACCAAAACAAAACACUAACAAAUCUUACCAAUCCAACCAACACAGAUUCAAUCACAGUUGAUCCAUGGGAGUUGUUGGACUCAGUUUGUGAUGAUUUUUUAGUUGAAUCACUGGUUCUUGGGGUUUGUGAGUUGUAGAUUUGAAAAGGGUAUUUACUAUUUAGCCAAAUCGGUAGUGAUUAGUUUGGGAGGAGAAAAGGAAGAGUCUUUGUAUGUAAAAUGUUGAGAGAUGAGGCUUAGAUUCAGGAAUGGGGUGUGUAAUUAGCAGAGAAACGUCCUCGGGAGUAGAGUCUGAGUCUAAGGGUGUGAAGAAGGAUUUGAGUGUGGAAUCCAAUAGGAAGGUAGAUGAUGUUGCGGUGGCCAAGGUAGAUAGUGAGGCUGAAGUCGGGGGUGAGGUUGCUGUUGGUGGGGGUGAGGCUCAGAAGGUGGAGAAUGGUCAUGAAAGUCAGCGGCCUCCAAAGGGGGAGAGAAGGCGGUCCAAGCCAAACCCGAGGAGUAGUCUGCCACAUAAAGCCCGUGGUGAGCAGGUAGCUGCUGGGUGGCCUCCUUGGCUCACGGCUGUGUGUGGGGAGGCGCUCAAUGGGUGGAUUCCACGAAAGGCAGACACCUUUGAGAAAAUUGAUAAGAUUGGGUCAGGAACAUACAGUAAUGUGUACAAAGCUAAAGAUAUGUUGACGGGGAAAAUUGUUGCUCUAAAGAAAGUUAGAUUUGACAAUUUGGAACCUGAGAGUGUGAAGUUUAUGGCUAGAGAAAUCCUAAUUUUGCGGAGAUUAGAUCAUACUAAUGUUGUGAAGUUGGAGGGUCUGGUCACUUCAAGGAUGUCAUGUAGUUUGUACCUGGUGCUUGAAUAUAUGGAACAUGACCUAGCUGGACUUGCUGCAAGCCCAGAAAUUAAGUUUACAGAAGCACAGGUCAAAUGUUAUAUGCACCAACUAUUAUCUGGACUUGAGCACUGUCACAACCGUGGUGUGCUUCAUCGUGACAUAAAGGGAUCCAAUCUACUGAUUGACAACGGAGGAGUACUUAAGAUUGCUGACUUUGGCUUGGCUUCUUUCUACGAUCCAAAGCACAAGCAUCCCAUGACUAGUCGGGUGGUUACUCUAUGGUAUCGACCUCCUGAGCUUCUUCUAGGGGCUACUGAUUAUAGUGUGGGUGUGGACCUUUGGAGUGCCGGUUGCAUUUUAGCAGAGUUACUAGCUGGGAAGCCUAUCAUGCCUGGUCGUACUGAGGUAGAACAACUCCACAAGAUAUACAAACUAUGCGGCUCACCUACAGAUGAGUACUGGAAAAAAGCAAAGUUACCGAAUGCAACUUUAUUUAAGCCCCGAGAGCCUUACAAAAGAAGCAUAAGAGAGACUUUCAAAGAUUUCCCCCCAUCAGCACUGCCUCUAAUCGAAAGUUUACUUGCGAUUGAUCCCGCAGAGCGUCAGACAGCCUCAGCUGCAUUGAGUAGUGAGUUUUUCAUGACAGAGCCUUAUGCUUGUGAACCUUCUAGCCUCCCAAAGUAUCCCCCAACCAAAGAAAUUGAUGCUAAACGUCGAGACGAUGAAGCUCGUAGGAUAAGAGCUGCUGGUAGAGCCCAGGCUGAUGGUGCAAAGAAAACACGUACACGUGAACGUGGUCCUAGGACUAUGGCAGCUCCAGAAGCCAAUGCGGAGAUUCAAUCUAAUAUCGAUAGAAGGAGACUAAUUACACAUAAUGCAAAGAGUAAAAGCGAAAAGUUUCCUCCACCGCACCAAGAUGGGGCAGUUGGUUACCCAUUAGGGGCUUCGCAUCAUAUUGAUCCUGCACUUGUUCCUCCUGAUGUCCCAUUCAGUACAACCUCAUUUGGUUAUCCUAAAGAACCAAUACAAACAUGGUCAGGUCCUUUGGUUGACUCCACUGGUCCAAGAAGGAAGAAACAUACCGAUGCACGAGAACCUUCAAAGUCCUUUGUAGGAACUCAUAAAGAUAAACAUCAUGAUGUGCGAGUUAGAGGAAAGAAAAGUGCAGCUUAAAUUCAAGUUCACAUCAUGGAGACAUGGAGAACGUAAUUGUUAACUGUUGGGUGCUUCUUCCAAUUCUAUACAAUGGAAGACUUAUUGCUGCUAAGCAAAAGUAAACUUAUCGGCCCGGCUUCUUCUCACACAAUACCAUUAUUUCAUUAGAGGUGUAGGGGGGAAAUCUUCUUCUAUCUUUUUUUGUGUUAUAAUCUUAUUUACAUUUUCCCCCAUCUUUUACAAGAUAGUGAUUUUUUUUGUUCAUGUUCAAUUUGUUGCAUGGUGAAUUGGUGGGAGGAUAUGUAUAUGUUCAUCCUGAUUCUUUUUUCUCAAGUUUGUGGUAUUGAAAACUUACUGCUUAGAAAUAGUAAAGUGAUUUAAUAAAUCAUCAAGAGCCCUAUUUGUCUGUCUUA